AUGCACCCUCGGUUCGGCGUUAACAACAAUUAUCCGAUCAACAUCAUUCUUAUGCAGCCGACAACAAGUCAUGAGACGUUUCUACAAGGAUCCGAUUACGUAAAAUUAGGCCCGAAAAAUGGAAAUCAACGCGUUUCCGUUUGCAGGUGGAUUUCGAAGCGCCGAGCAAGUUACGAAACUGGCCGAUCGCUGUCGAUGACAAAGUAUUUUUUGUCGAUCAAGCGAUAUUCUCAAGAAAUUCCGAUUACUUCCGCACUAUGAUGGAGAACAAGUCUUUCCUCGAGGGCGCCAUUGGUCUUUUGAGAAUACACGACGAAACACCAGACGACAUUCAUACACUUAUCACCGUCAUUUCUCCCAAUUGCCUCGGUCUUUACCCGGACGCCAUUGAUGGUUUGUAUGGACUGUUCAUGGAGAUUAUCAUGUUUUUCAGAGGAGAAUGUGUGCACGGUACUCAGGUUAUGCGAUAAGUUUUUGAUGGCGAAUUUGAAGCAGAACUGCAUUGACUUUCUUCAAGAUUACCGGUUAUACUGAAAAUCAACAAAGGCCAGAUCAUAAUUUCCCUUUCAGGCCGCAAUCGAAGUCUGUGUGCGAUGUGUUCUCGCUCUUCUACAAACUUUGUUUCUCCCUGAAUGCCGAAUACGAUCACGAUGAGAUUCUGGAGAGUUUGGCAGUUCAGGCUGUAAUAAUUGUCGGUUAUUUCGUGAUCAUCUUCAUUUUCCAGAUGUUCGUAUGUCUCGAUGAGCUUGUUACUCCUUCGAAAAUUCUCGAAUUUUCCAAUCUUCUCACACGUUUGCAAACGGAAAAGGGUCUCAAAGAUCGAAAAAAUGUGAAGAGAGUCGCUGACGCAGUUCAUCCCGGGUAUCGAAAACACGACGAGAUUAUCACGAACAAAUAUGUUUUUGCUUCCAGCGGCGCACUCUUCAGACACCGAAUCUCGUUCAACGAAGAAGUACAGGGUCUCGGGUGCCACCAGUGCUCGAUGCGGCCGCCCGCCCGACAGUCGCGCUCUAAAAACAGUAGGGCAACUGGCGGAAGUGCUCUGUGAGCUGUGAUUUUUCAGGAAAGCCAUUCAUCCUCUCGCUAUGCAGAUCCUGCGGUCGGGAAGUGUGCGUGCAGUGCCGACGGAAACUGUGCCGACGACUCUUCGAGGAGUGGAUCAACGAACUCCGGUCCUAAAGCCAAAACGUUUAUGUAGUAGUUUAUAUAUCUUCCCUAUGUAUUUACCAUUUUGUACUAUUUCCAUGAGCUAUAUAAUAUUGACUAAUAACUUACAUUUCCCCGGUGAUCUCUCCCUUUUCCCAACUUCUGCCUAUCCACCCUAUCGACCUCUUCUAUUGUAUCGAACAAACAUGGAUUGAGACCGACCGAACUGACGACCCUCCGGCCGCGAGCGAGCGAAACGAGAAGGAGAGAGUGAGCGUUUUGGUGAGCGAAUGAGCGACUGGCCGGGCAGUCAGCUGAGUGCCCGCCUCGACGCUCACGUUCAAUUUCUCGUGUACUCCUCGCCCGUGACCCGUCUCGUCCCGAUGUCUUCAGUUCUCGGUGUAUUACUCCAAUCCAAUCUUCUAAUCUCAACCCGAUUUCCUUAUUCACAUUUUUCAACCCUAUUUCUAAGCAUUAGCUAAAAGCAAAGAUGAAAGUGCGGCAGUCACUCCUUAAUAAACUACCCUAUUUCUCUUUGUCGAAGCCCGAUCCAUUCCCCUUCACUAUCAUUGACUUCCGGGAACGAAUCAAAGAUCUGCUAUUGCGUGUCCAAACAUUCUCCCCCAUUCUCCCUCUGCCGCAACAGCAGCGGCAGGCAUGUGUGUGUGUGUGUGAGCGAGGCGAGGCGUCUUUCGAUAGGCAAAAGUAGAAAAAGGGCCCGGAUGACGUCUUCUGCGGUGGUGGUGCUCCUGAUCUCCGUGGUCCGAAAGGGAAAAAGUGGAUACGGGUCGAGUCUACCUGGCCGUCGUAAACAACUGAGAAAGGAUGAAAUAAAUAUUUGUUCUGUGAAUUUUUUCGUACCCGGUAUGAGCAUCGCCGACGCGAAGAGCCAAUUCUGACUUGAAAGACCUCUUUUAUUGGCCAUUCAGGUUCAGUUGGAAGUGGCUCAAAGUGCAAGAAAAUGGGAGUGCGUGGGCAGUGCAUUACAAAUGCUUUUGAUCCCUUUGUGCUGAAACAGUGGUCCGCGCAUUCGUGCCCCAUUUCACUCGACUCUCCUCUUUCUCCCGUUUUCGUUCUUUCGCCUCCCUCCCUAUCCUCCUCUCUUUUCGCCUCCUUCCAAUACUAUUUGUUGGCCACGGGGGUAAAAAUGAGCGUCUUCUUCUCCUUCUUCUUCUUCUUAUUUUUUUCUCUUCUUCUUCGUCGACCGCGUUUGCAUGCCAUUCCCCUAAACGUCCGUUUGCAGGUAAUUGGUGGAUCGACGACUUCUCUCGACGCCGUCCGAAACGACGAAGACCAGCACAAGACCGGCGGUCCCCUUCAGUUCCAUCCCACGUCGAGAAGAAGACCACGUCGAAGCAGCGAUCAAAGUGACAGUGCCCCUCGCCGAAUCUCUUCAAACCUUUCUUCUACGGGUACGUCAAUCGAUUCGAUUCGAUUCGCGAUAGGAUGCGAUGCAACCGCGCUCUAUUGUUGCUUAAAGACCCGUGACGUCACGUCACGUCACGUCAGUUCAGUAGAACGCGGAACGGAAACGUCGUAAAACAUUGAUGAAUAUGAGGAGAAUGAAAUUAGAGACAAAACAAGACAUCGAAUCGCUUUUAUAUUACACACCGACAGGAACAAACGUGCCUGUUGUUGCAGGUAUUGCAAACCUCUCGUGCUCUAUUCCUCAGGACAUUCGGCCUUCCUUUCUCGAGAUAUCUCUCCUUUCUUUUGUAAGUCUUUCCGCUCUUCCGUCUCUCUCUCUCUCUUUCUCUCUCUCUCUCUCUCUCUCUCUCUACCUCUAUCUCUGUCUCUGUCUCUCGGACGCAGUUGACUGUGACGUGGCAAGAAAGAUCACCGUCCAAUCAGCACUCGCGAAUCAUUACGAUUGUUUUUCACUCUUGACCAGUGAGAAGAAGAAAAAGAAGAACUUGUUUGUCAUCUGGCAGCCAACACUUUGCGCUCUCCAAGCGAUAACAUUUUCGAAGCAAGCUUUAGACACAUGUCAAUGGAAUAAUAUUUAGGCGGAUUGACUUGAGAAUGUCGUCGAACGGAUACGGAAGCAGCCACGGCGAGCACGUGAGAUCCGCCUCGCACGCCGGUUCCUGGUACAAUAGUAAUCCGAGAGACCUCGACAGACAACUCACUAAGUGGCUCGACAAUGCCGGAGACCGCAUCGGAACCGCCAGAGCACUUAUUUCUCCGUGAGCAUCAUCGCGGCCCGGUCUGUAGAGAUUUAGCAUGUUUUCAGACAUGCUGGCUAUUCGUAUUGCGGAGAGACUGCCGCCUACGCAUUCAAGCAAAUCGUGCCGCAUACUGUGUAAGUUACAUCGACAUUUGAUCUCGAACUUAUGUGUCAUCUUUCAGUGAGCGCAUCUUCAUUCUCGGUCCGUCGCACGUCGUCGCAUUGAAUGGAUGUGCCAUCACUACGUGCAGCAAGUACCACACUCCACUUGGAGAUCUCACUGUCGAUCACAAAAGUGAGUCUCAAUUUUCAGUCUGAACACAUGUCAUCUGAUACUUUUCAGUUAACGAAGAGCUCCGUGCCACUCGUCACUUCGACCUCAUGGAUCGUCACGACGAAGAGGCGGAGCACAGCAUCGAGAUGCAGCUGCCGUUUCUCGUGAAAGUGAUGGGAAACCGUCGCUACACUAUCGUGCCGGUCCUUGUUGGUUCGUUGCCCGGAUCCCGCCAACAAACAUACGGAAACGUCUUCGCCCAUUACAUGGAGGAUCCGAAGAAUCUGUUCGUCAUCUCAUCCGACUUCUGCCAUUGGGGCGAUCGCUUCAGCUUCUCGCCGUACGAUCGCCACAGCAAUGUGCCGAUUUAUGAACAAAUUACGAGCAUGGAUCGACAAGUGAGUGAACGAAAAGGUGAAUGGCCGAGAAGAUAAUCUUUUCUUGCAGGGAAUGAAUGCUAUAGAGACCCUCAAUCCGACGAUCUUCAAUGAUUACCUCAAGAAGACACAGAACACGAUCUGUGGACGAAAUCCGAUCUCGAUAAUGCUGCAGGCAGCAGAGCACUUCCGUCUCACCAACAACCACACCCACGAGUUCCAGUUCCUCCAUUACACCCAAUCCAACAAGGUAUCCUUUUCUGGUCCUCGGUCACUUCAACCUCUCUUUUCCAGGCCCGUUCUCCAGGCGACUCCUCCGUCUCCUACGCAGCCGGAGUUCUUUUCGUCCAUCCGAAUAACUGA